UUCAUCACCUCCCUGGGGUGUGCUGGGGGUGUGGGAGGUCCCUCUGUGUGCGGGACAGGCAGCCCGAGCUGUGUGUGCAGCUGUGCACAAGAGGGGUUGGCCUCUUCCCUUUGCUUUUACGUUAAUCGUUUCCACAGAGUUAGUGUUGAAACUCAUGGUGGGCCGGUAAGGUAUUUGGGAGCAGCACCUUCUGACCCUAAUUGUGUUUCUGUAUUGUUUCUAGGACAAGGAGCGGCAGCUGAAGUUUCCUCAUCUUUUGCCAUUCUGUCUGUCUGUGCUCUGGUGGUACUGGUGGUACUGCUUGCAAACUGUGUCUCCUGCUGCAAAGACCCAGAGAUCGAUUUCAAGGAAUUUGAAGAUAACUUUGAUGAUGAAAUAGAUUUCACACCCCCAGCAGAAGAUACUCCGUCUGUUCAGUCUCCAGCAGAAGUUUUUACUCUUUCAGUUCCCAAUAUUGCUUUACCAACUCCAUCCCGGUUUCCAUCUCGUGCAGAUGGAUCAAAGUCUCAAGUUGCACGUCAGAGUCUAAACUACAUCCAGGAAAUUGGAAAUGGCUGGUUUGGAAAGGUUCUGCUUGGAGAAAUCUACACAGGCAGUAGUGUGGCACGAGUGAUAGUGAAGGAGUUAAAAGCAAGUGCGGGUCUCAAGGAGCAAGAACAGUUUUUAAGAAGUGGAGAACCGUACUACAUUCUCCAGCAUCCAAAUGUUCUCCAGUGUAUUGGGCAGUGUGUGGAAGCCAUUCCUUAUCUCCUAGUUUUUGAGUUCUGUGACUUGGGUGACCUGAAAACUUAUAUCUGCAAUGAGCAGGACCACAUUAGAGGAGAUUCACAAAUCAUGCUGCUACAGAGAAUGGCAUGUGAGAUUGCUGCUGGACUUGCUGUAAUGCAUAAACAUAAUUUUGUGCAUAGUGACUUGGCCUUACGAAAUUGCUUUCUUACAUCUGAUUUAAAUGUCAAAGUAGGAGAUUAUGGUAUAGGAUUCAGUAGGUUCAAGGAAGAUUAUAUUGAGACAGAUGGGAAGAAACUUGUUCCUCUCCGAUGGACUGCACCUGAGUUAGUCACGAGUUUUCAAGACAAACUGUUAUCAGCAGAGCAAAAUAAAUACAGUAACAUAUGGUCCCUGGGUGUGACGUUAUGGGAGCUGUUUGAGAAUGCUGCUCAGCCUUACUCAGACUUCUCUGACAGAGAGGUCUUAACCCAUGUCAUAAAGGAGAAGCAGGUUAAACUUUUUAAGCCACAUCUGGAGCAGCCAUACUCUGAUAGAUGGUAUGAAGUUCUGCAAUUCUGCUGGCUACCUCCAGAGAAGAGACCAACAGCAGAAGAAGUGCAUAGACUUCUAACUUAUCUUCGCAUGCAAAGCCAAAGGGACUCAGAGAUUGACUUUGAACAGCAGUGGAACGCUCUUAAACCAAACACCUCAAAUAGAGAAACAAAUAAUUCUGCAUUUCCGAUCUUAGAUCACUUCACAGGAGAUAGACUUGGCCACGAAAUGGAGGAAGUUCUUACUGUAACUGAAACGAGCCAGGGUCUCAGCUUUGAAUAUAUCUGGGAGGCAGCUAAACAUGAUCAUUUUGAUGAGUGUGGUCAUGUGAAUCCUGACGAGGCAAUGGCAUACACAAGUAUUUUCUUUCCAGUGGAGGUUUUUGAGAGGUCCCUUUCAGAGCAAGGGCCAGGAGCACAGGAUGGAAGUGGUCAGGAAGCAUCACUAGCUGUUCCUGGGGUGUUACCUGUGUUUGAUGCACACAAACUUUCAGUUGGAAAUGACUACUAUAUCCAGCUAGAGGAAAAAGGUAGUGGCUGCAGCAUGAAUUUCGAUAACCAGUCAGUUGUACUGACUACAGAAGUUGAUCAAGAAGCUGUACAAGAAAAAAGUUCUCAUUUCAUGGUUCUCAGGGAUCUUGAUGUUGAAGAAUCUAGCACUGAUGGGGACUUCUUCCACUACAAUACAGAUCCCAAAGAGGAAUUUUUGCCUGCCACUAGUAGUCCAGAAAGUCCUUUCCAAAAUAUAUUUAAUGACAUUGAUAGAUCAGAAGAAUUAGCAAAUAAAAAAGUACUUGGUUUUGCUGAAACAAACAAUAUUCCUAAAGACUUUAAACCAACUGUUUUAAACUCAAGCACGGAUAUUACAAAUGUCACAGGUUUUGGUGGGAAAGAGCAUUCUAGUCAUGCUUCUGAAAACAAAACAGUUCCUGUAUGUGAAAACAUCUCUAACCAGUCUGAGUUAGUAACUUUAGAAGAACUUUCUGAUAACUUCUUGUUUCUUCAAGAGAAAAACUUAUUAACAGGGAUACUGUCUAAUAAAACCAGCAGUGAUUUCGGACAAAAAACAGAAGCUGUUCUAAAAAGUGUAUUAGAAACCUCAAGUAGGAGCUCUGUAGAGCCUGAGCCUGUAUUGGCUGAAAAUGUGCAGGUCUUUUCUUUAAUACAUGAAAAUUCUGGAACUGUGAAAGAUGAAAACUUCAACCCAGUAACAGUGGAUAAAGAUACAAAUUCUCGGUCUCAGACUACCGGCGAGAUAGAGGCAUCCUCUAGUCCUCCUGCAGUGUAUACGUUGCAUGAUAAAGAUACAAGUCUUCCUUAUUUGAAGGAUGAGGGGAAACUUUCAAAUGUGGAAGUCAACCAAGCCUUGUUCUGCAACACUGAUACCUUCUUUCAAGAGCUGUCCAAUAAUGCAAAAAAUAAUAAUAUUGGAAAGAAUUCAUAUUACAGCAGUGCUGCUGAAGCAGACCAGAGUGAUAUACAGAUAAAACAGGGAAUGCUUUCCGAGUCUGAUGAAAUAGCUCUUAAUAGGGAAAAAUGGGAUCAGGACGGUACGGAAAGAAACUUGCAGUGUAAGUCUCCCAUAUUUAAAAAAGAUGAAGAUUUGUUAGAGGAAAGAGAAGAAACAUCAAAUAAUUUUGAGAACUGUAAGGAUGUUCCAGAAGAGGUGACCUUAAUUUCUGUUGGUGCUUCAGACUGCGCAAGUCAGGACAGUCUUUUGGAAGAUAGCCCAUCUCCUAGGGAAACUGAAGACCAAGUCUUAGAGACGCCUGAUUCUUUGGAUUCUUUAGAUGUAAUUGAAGUUUUAGAAUCUUUACAGGCUCAAAGUCCUCAAAAACUUUUGCCUCCUGAUAAGCCUGCUGACAGCGGCUAUGAAACAGAGAAUCUGGAGUCUCCAGAAUGGACUUCCCAUGUUACUGUUGAGGAUGCUUCCAGUGGGGAUACUGCCCACUGUAGUGUCAGUGACAGCAGUGUCAGUGAUCUGCCUUCUAAUCCAGUCAUAAUUGUUUCAGAAGCAGCACCUUGCUUAGAUGCAGUAAACAGCAACUUCGAAAUAACUCCAUUAUCAAAUCAAAAUUCAUAUAGAGACUCUGCCUAUUUCUCUGAUAAUGAUUCUGAGCCAGAUAAAAAAACAGAAGAGACUGUAAAUCUAUCAAGGGAGACUGCGUGUGGUGCUUCUUCAAAUAGAGGAGAGAAUGACAGUGAGAAGGAUCACUGUUUGGAAGAGAGACCGCAAAAGCACAGUGUAAGGAGCUACCAGGAUACGAGUAUUCAGAAUACGAAACCUGAACUGAGUCGUAAGAUAGAGAUGCAAGAGCUGGAUGUAAGGGUGCAGGGGUGUUCUGAGGAGUGGACUGAGGCAACUCUGAAUUCCCUGGAGAUGUCAAUGGGAGAUGAUGAGGGGGAUGAAAUAAAGCCCUCUGAGACUUGCCGUAAAAGUGUCUCUUGUGUUGGCACCAACACUUCAGAACUUCUUUCACACAGAGACUUUAAGUCUGUGCAUAACAUACACAAUUCUUUAGAUUCCAGUAACAGUGAGAAGCCCUUCUACCAUAAUGAAGGACAAAAGCUGAAAGAGCCAGAUAUUGAAGGGAAAUACCUUGGCAAGCUUGAUGUUUCUGGAAUGCUUGAUUUAGAAGAUGGUGAUGAUGCAGAUGAGGAAGAUGAAAACAGUGAUUCUGAGGAUGACAUGAGGACUUUUCACAUGCACAGCCUGAGUUCUGACAGUGAGGAUGAAACUGUUCACCAAGUUCCUGAGAUACUUACUGACAAGGAUGAUGGAAAACAUUUGAGAAGCUUACUGAAAGUUCCCAAACCUCUUCAUGAAAGGCAACCUGAGCACUGGAAAAACGAGAAGAAGGCUGUAACGUUCUUUGAUGAUGUCACGGUCUAUCUGUUUGAUCAGGAAACACCAACUAAGGAAUUGGGAAACCGUGUGGCGGACUUGAACGGUGAAGGCUCUCACGCUCCUGCUCCAUCUUCAGGUUUUAGUUACUUCAACAGAUUUACAAAUUCAGAAAGCUCAACAGAUGAAGAAGGUGGUGGUUUUGAAUGGGAUGAUGACUUCUCCUCCCCAGAGCCAUCCUUUAUAUCAAAGGCAGCUAAUAACCUUAUUAGCUCUAAACCACCUCUUCAGUCCAAGUACUUCUCUCCACCGCCUCCUGCCCGGACUCUCGAACAGAACUGGUCACAUUCAUCCCCUUACUCCAGAUUCUCUAUUUCUCCUGCAAACAUGGCAAGUUUUUCCCUUACGCAUCUUACAGAUUCAGAUAUAGAGCAAGGAGGAAGCAGUGAAGAUGGAGAAAAAGAUUAAAUGAAUUAAAAAACUUUCUGGGACUUCAUACACAAGAUGCACAGACUCUGUGUCUCAAACUUGUUUGUGUGAACUCUGGAUCUCCUGGAGAGACACAGGUAAUCAAGAAGCCCUAAGAAAUGAAAGUAAACACUGAAAGCAAUGUUAAAUCAGGACAUUAAUUUGAAUGUGUAUUUAACUUUGUAAUGUAUUUUUAAAUCAGUGCAAUUUUGCUUUUCAUUACUGAAAGAUGAUUCUGCCGCUGUUUUCAAGUACUUGAAGUAUUUUUCAGAUAACUUAAGAAAUAAGUUAAGCAAUUACACUACAGUCUGGUUUAUGUAUGAGAUUGUAUAAUAUUCUUUUUAUAUUUUUCCAUGUAGUUCAUUAUCUGUUUGAACAUACACCUGUUGUAGAAUUGUGUAUAACUGUCCUGUGCAACAGGUGGCUGUGUUGCUGAAACUUAUGAAUGAUAGUUGAUCAGUAGUGAGCCAUAUUUAUUUAAAAGAUAUCACUACAUGUUACUUUGCUUAUUCGAUUGCACUAUGGAUUAUUCUUCCUCUAUUUCCUGAUGAUGUACAGAAUCAAAAUGUUAAAUCUUUCAAGGAAUAUAAGACAAGUUGAAUUGGCCCAGUUACCCAGUUUAAUUUGUCUUUUUUGUAGCCUUUGCUAUGCACGGUACCUGUAAAACGUACAUAACUUCCGAGUGUUAGAUUUGCUGAAAUCUUAUAUUCAGUACCAUUUCUAAAUGAUGAUUAUAGAUUGUUAGUGUUCAUGUUUUAUAGGAAACUGGAAUAGUGUAUAUGAUAUACUCUGGAAUUUGUAGAUGAGAGAUAAUGUCUCGAUUCCUGAAUACGAUCCUACUGACUGCUUGAACUGUAAUUCCAUCUGACUAUGUCAUACUUAAGGGCCUUCCAGUUGGUACUACAACUUUCUGCCUUGGAGAGAGAAGAAACAAAAUUGACUGUACAAAACUGGGAAUUAUGAAUCUUCUAAAAAAGACUGAUUUAAACAGACUGGAUUUCAGGCAUGUUUGGCCCUUCAGUUGUACGUUCUGUGAAUUUUGAAGCUCUCUUCUGCUGACUGCAGACUGGGGCUACCAUUCAGAGGCCUGUGGUAGAUCUACCUCUCAGUGAUGUUCCGACAAUUAAGAAUUACACUAAUGGUUAAUAGCCAAUUCUGCACCCUUUAUAAGGCCAGACUUACUGUAAGAUAUCUGCAGGGCUCCAUGGUACAUCUUGAAAUGCAUACCCAAAGAUGUUGUAUAGUAAAGUUUACUCUGAAGCUGCCUGUAGGGAAAGGAAUACAGUGUGGUUCUUUAACCCUCGUGCUUUCCUGUGCAUUUAGUUAAAUUCUUUAAAUUGCUUGGAAAAAAAUCCUUAAUUACUAUUCCAAAGUGAGUAAAUUUGAGAAACAAACCCCUGGCCUCUUGGAAUGCCUUAUGCAGCUGCAGAUCUGUAGGAAACACUGACAGGAACAGUUUACCUGGCUUUAAAUUACAUUGUAUUUUAGUGGCUUUUUUUGGGCAGGGCUUUGGUAUAACGGUGGUUGUAGUGCUCUGUGUUCAGAUCCAGUCACCUGAAAACAUUUGUCCUGUGAAGUACAGGAAGACUGGAUAUUUACAGAUCUGUAAAGUUGGUGUCUUAAACUUCUGUAUGCAUUUUGAUUUUUUUAAGUAUGUUUUCAAUGAAAAGGAAUAUGUUAAUUGCUUCUUUCCAGCACUAUCUAGCCCUUAGCCAGACUGGCUUCCACACCAACCAAAAGGGAACGACUUAGUUCUGUCAAGUUACUUAAAAUUGCCAGUGUGUUGGUGAGAAUUUUUUGAUGAGGCACCUGUUCAGAGCUGGUAAGAACUGUGCUUCAGCGUGAAGGGCUUAAAGAAGCUGUGAGCUCCUUGGGAUACGUUAAAAGAUGGAUAAUUGACUUUGUGCACAUAUUGUUGCUUAGAAAUUCCACUGUUUCAAAUUAAACUCCUCAAUACAACUAGAUUAAGGUAUCAUAUCAAGGUUCAGUAAUUCUCACACUCUAGAGUGUGAAAAUUCAAAACUAAGUAUGAAACUCUCUAAGCAGUCUGCAGAUGGUGUGUGGUUUUAUCUGCCUUGGGAGGUGAAAAACUACUGUGUCAGACCUGGAGUUCAGCCUUAAUUUUGAAUUGCUUGACUUACAAUAUAGUCCAAAGUUAAGUACAAGCUUGUAUUUCAAAAUGUUAAAAUUCGGUUGUGCAUUUUGGUCCUUAAAAUUCUGGAAACUCAGCUGUUUCUCACACGUGCAGCAUUCCAGCAGGAAUUCCCUUGAUUUGAUGGAAAUACAAUGUUUAUUCUUUACCAGAGUUUAAAGAAAAUCUUACAUAGGAAUUGAAAGUUUACCCCUUUGUACAAAUGGACUAAUUGCUAACAAAUUGCCAAAGGAGCACUUUUUCCAAAAUGGGCUGGGAUAUGUAUGAUACUAAGCAAAGCAGUGUCCUUUUUAGCUAUACAAAGAGGAGAGAAAUAUGUGAAGUUGACUCACCUUAGUUAAGCCGUGGGUUUAGUUUCAGUAAUCCAGAAGGCUAGAUGGCAAUAAUCUAAAAGGUCUUUUUUGGAAAAAUAAAAUUAUAGUUAACAUCUGAUCAACUAUUAGCAAUAUUGAAAUAUAUCCACCUAGCACUCAGUGAGACAGCGAAGAUGAACUGGUAAUUCCACAAAUUGUGUUUUAAUGAGGUGAUGUGUUAUGAGUCAUUCUUAAAACUGUAUGAAAUUUCUUGCACUAGCUACUUGAGCAUGGUUUCAGUUUUGGAAGUAGAUGCAUCUCUUUUCAGACUGGUUAAAUUUUAAUUCCCUCUCUAGUACAAUACUUUUCUUCAAAGACAUUGUCUCAAUUUGGCUACUGAAGUUAUUUAUGAAACCUGAUUUUUUUUUCCCACCUAAGGAGGUUUAUUUAAAAAA